UAAAGAAGAAAUUUUCUUUCGGUAUUUUUGAUAAAGUAUUAAUUUUAUGUUUUUAAAUAAUAUUGUAAGAAAUCCCAGAAUAGCAUCGGUAGAAGAAUGCCACAAGAGUUACAAGUUUUAAAGUGCUUUUCAUGUGAUACAUUUCAGGUUCAAAUUGUUAAAAAAAUUCCCAAGUGGAUAUGUAAAUUGUGUGGUGAGAAACAAUCUACGAUAAAAAUUUACUUUAAAGGAUCUGGGAAAGAUUGCCGAACAUACGUGCAAAACCUGAAUAAACAAAGAAUUGAAAAAAGUCAAACCCAGUUAAACUUGCAAGUACAAGAUGAUAUUAUGUUUUCUUUUAUUCAUGAUAGUUCCUUAAGUGACAAACAGUAUACAGAUAAAACUAAAAGUAAUUGGACAGAGUUUUUAACAGACCAAAUGGAUAGUGAAUGCAGUGAUAACCAUUCUAUCAAAAAGGAAGGUGGGGGUAGUAAGAGACGUAAAAUAAAUGAAAAAAUAUUUGUAUGUGAUGAAGAAAUGAUUUCUGAAACAUGUACUGUUGCUGCUGAAAUUGAAGGAGCCAUCCAGAACUCUUAUAUUACUGAUAUUAAUAAUUCUGUUACUAAUAUUAAUAGCAAAAAAAGUUCUUGGACAAAAUUUUGUACUUAUGAGUAGGUAACACUGGUUUUUUUUUCUUGAUAAUAUGUUCGUGAAGGUAUUAUUAAAAUUGAAUAUUUUUGUAAGGCAUAACCAAAGUACAUUUAUAUUUUUUUAUUGUGUUUUAAUCAGGAUAACUGACACAAUGUAGUAUGGAUAAACACAGCAACAAUAUUUUAAAUAAGUCUUCACAUCACAUGUAUUUCAAACUGAUUCAAUAAAAAAAUACGUCAUUGUAA